CUUGUCCUUUUUAGCAGCGACCGUGGAAGCGCGGAAUGGUAAAAGCGAAGGAAGGGAAAGCCCUAGCGCGUCGCAGAGAGGAAGAAUCUGACGUUAGGGUUUUUCCGUCACUCUUAGAUUCGAUCCGCCUUUCCUUCCCUGAUCGCGCUGGGCUCCGUCUGGAUCUCCAAUCUCCCUCGCUCGACGUUCCUUUUCCGCGAUCGUUGGGCGGAUUCUAGGCUCUUGCUGCGCUGAUGCUCUCGCUGCAGGGUGACGCGCGGCAGCCCCAGCCGCUGCAUAAGCUGCAGUCGCUGCCGCAGUUGCAACAACUGUUUGGGGUGAGCGUGCCUGGCGGAUCAGGGUUCCACGCACUAGGGGCCAGCGAUGCAGAGACGCCGUUCGCUCUGCAGUUGCUUGAUAGUUCGGCCGACAUCAAGACCUUGAUCACAAAGCCGAUCGAAGGCGACGAGGACAUCCACUUGAAUCUUUCUCACGAGAACUACAAAGCUGGAAACUACAAUAAGGCAUUGGAGUACAGCAACGACGUUUAUAUAAAAAAUCCAAAACGAACUGACAAUCUUCUCCUUCUCGGUGCAAUAUACUAUCAGUUGCAAGAUUUUGAUGCAUGUAUUGCAAAGAAUCAAGAGGCUCUUGCAAUCGAUCCUCAUUUUCCAGAAUGUUAUGGUAACAUGGCAAAUGCUUGGAAGGAAAAGGGUGACAUUAAUCUCGCUAUACAACUUUAUCAAACUGCCCUCAAGUUGCGACCAAAUUUCGCUGAUGCAUGGUCAAACUUAGCUAGUGCAUACACCAGAAUAGGAAGACUGAACGAUGCAGCUCAGUGUUGCCGCCAUGCUCUUGCUUUAAAUCCUCGAUUGGUUGAUGCCCAUAGCAAUCUGGGAAAUUUGAUGAAGGCACAAGGCUUGUAUCAAGAGGCUUAUAAUUGUUAUUUGGAGGCUUUGCGAGUACAACCUACAUUUGCAAUUGCUUGGUCCAACCUUGCUGGCCUUUUGAUGGAGGUAGGAGAUCCUGACAGGGCACUUCUGUAUUACAAGGAAGCAGUUAAGCUUAAACCAAAAUUUGCAGAUGCCUACUUGAAUCUAGGGAAUGUUUACAAGUCCUUGAGAAUGCCACAAGAUGCUAUUUUGUGCUAUCAACAUGCUAUACAGGAACGCCCAACUUAUGCGAUGGCAUAUGGAAAUCUUGCUGGCAUCUACUACGAACAAGGUCAACUUGACUUGGCAAUCCUGCAUUACAAGCAAGCUAUCAAUUGUGAUUCUACUUUUGUUGAAGCUUAUAAUAAUCUGGGAAAUGCUCUCAAAGAUACUGGGCAUGUGGAAGAGGCUAUCAACUGCUAUAGGUCAUGCCUUGCUUUCCAACCCAGCCAUCCACAAGCUCUGACAAAUCUUGGCAACAUAUACAUGGAAUGCAACUGUAUGGGCAUUGCUGCAUCAUUCUAUAAGGCAACUUUGUCAGUUACUACAGGACUCUCUGCACCCUUCAGCAACUUGGCUAUGAUAUAUAAGCAACAGGGAAAUUAUGCAGAAACAAUAGCCUGUUAUAAUGAAGUUCUUCGAAUUGAUCCUUCUGCUGCUGAUGGCCUUGUCAAUAGAGGGAACACAUUUAAGGAGAUUGGUAGAGUUUCUGAAGCAAUUCAAGAUUAUAUACGAGCUGUGAAUAUCAGACCCACUAUGCCUGAAGCUCAUGCAAAUUUGGCUUCGGCUUACAAAGAUAGUGGACUUGCAGAAGCAGCUAUAAAGAGUUAUAGACAGGCUUUGAUGUUACGCCCAGAUUUUCCUGAAGCGACUUGUAAUCUUCUGCAUACUUUACAGUGUGUUUGUGACUGGGACGACAGGGAGAAGAGGUUUUCAGAAGUUGAAAGCAUCCUUAGAAGGCAGAUAAAGAUGUCUGUUCUUCCAAGUGUGCAACCAUUUCAUGCUAUUGCAUACCCAAUUGAUAAAAUGCUUGCAUUGGAGAUAAGUCGAAGAUAUGCAGCACACUGCUCAAUAAUUGCUUCACGUUAUGGGCUUCCUGCUUUUGCCCAUCCACUUCGUGUCCCUGUGAAGGCUGACAGUAAAAGUGGCAGACUAAGGGUGGGGUAUAUGAGUAGUGACUUUGGCAAUCACCCACUGUCACAUCUUAUGGGCUCUGUCUUUGGAAUGCACAAUCAAGAGAACAUCGAGGUUUUCUGUUAUGCGUUGAGUCAAAACGAUGGCAGUGAGUGGAGACAGCGCAUCCAGUCUGAAGCAGAACAUUUCAUUGACGUGUCUUCAAUGUCAUCUGAUUUGAUUGCUAGAAAGAUUAAUGAGGAUGGGAUAAAUAUCCUAGUAAACCUCAAUGGUUACACUAAGGGUGCCAGGAAUGAAAUUUUUGCAAUGCAACCGGCACCAAUCCAGGUUUCUUAUAUGGGGUUUCCGGGAACAACUGGUGCAAGUUAUAUUGAUUACUUGGUAACUGAUGAGUUUGUUUCUCCUACACGUUUAUCACAUAUUUAUUCAGAAAAGCUAGUUCAUCUUCCUCAUUGUUAUUUUGUGAAUGACUAUAAACAGAAAAAUCGUGAUGUUCUGGUUCCUAUCAGUCGGCAUAAACGCGCAGACUAUGGUUUACCAGAAGAUAAAUUUGUUUUUGCAUGUUUCAACCAGCUGUACAAGAUGGACCCAGAUAUAUUCAAUACCUGGUGCAAUAUUCUGAACCGUGUUCCCAGUAGUGCAUUGUGGCUGCUACGAUUUCCAGCAGCUGGUGAGACAAGAUUGCGUGCAUAUGCUGCUGCUCAGGGUGUUAAGCCAGAUCAGAUCAUAUUCACAGAUGUUGCUGCAAAGAAUGAGCACAUCAGACGCAGUGCUUUGGCUGACCUAUUUCUUGAUACGCCUCUGUGUAAUGGACAUACGACUGGCACAGAUGUGCUGUGGGCUGGUUUGCCAAUGGUAACACUUUCGUUGGAUAAAAUGGCUACCAGGGUGGCCGGAUCUCUUUGUCUUGCCACUGGAGUAGGGGAGGAGAUGAUUGUUUACAGCUUAAAAGAGUAUGAAGAAAGAGCAGUAGGUUUGGCAGAAAAUCCUGUAAGGCUUCAGGCGCUUUCUAGUAGGCUAAAGGCGGCUCGGAUGACUUGUCCACUAUUUGACACCAAGAGAUGGGUUAGGAAUCUGGAGAGGGCAUACUUCAAGAUGUGGAACUUGUACUGUGUUGGCAAUCAUCCUCAGCCCUUCAAAGUGACAGAAAAUGAUGAUGAGUUCCCAUUCGACAGAUAGACCAAGAAGGGAGUUGCUUAAUUCCAUUGGAUUUGCUUUCCAAAUCCUGCACUGUAACAUUUUCCUACACACGAUAUCCAUUUAGGUAGAGAUGGUUUUAUGAAGAGGCUAGUUUGCUGUUGCUGAGGCCCGUGUAUGUAGCAAAAGUAUACUCGAUGUGUUGUUGGACACUGGUGUGUCAUACUCGUUUCUUUUAGCUAUUUCGAUGAUGUAUUUGUACAAAUAUAUCGUAAUUAAGAUGCAUAAGCUGGGGCUGCCAGUGGAGGUGCGUGUCAAGACCCAAACCCCUAAUUCAAAUUAUGUUUUGCAAAA